AUGAACCCCUACGAGGCAAAUCCAGAUAAGAUCCCAGAGUCGGAUCGCUUUGCUGACGUCCCGCUCUAUGGUCGCUACUAUCCACGGCCAGACGACUUCAAACCAGACCAAAGGCAUUGCAACUCUACCACGCCAGAAUCACUGGAGUACUGGGAAGGGGUACUGAAGCUAUGUGAUACCUCCGUCCGAAUCUACGAAAACACAGACGGAGGCCGCGAUGUCUUUGCACUUGGUAGUGUGAUUGUGAAGUCUAGCCACCUCAAGACCGAGCUCAAAGGGAGGCGCGCAUGUCGCGAUUAUUCGCUGGCUGAUGCGAAUGAAGUCAAGGCUACAGCGUUAGUAAGAGGGAUUGUGAAGGAUAUAGCUAUCCCCGAAAUAUAUUUUGCAGGAAAGAAAAGACCCAGUCUAAUGACGGUAAAAUAUCAGAUUCGCGAUCGAGCUGUCCUGGUGCAGUCACGCAUCCCGGGCGUUGGCUUGAAUAUCGCCUGGCAGUAUCUUGAAGCAGACAAAAAGGCGUCUUUCAAGGAGCAAGCAAGGGACUUUUUGCGCCUCUUGAACGCCCAGAAAUCUCCCUUUUGCGGGCCAUCAUACGUUGUACCAGAUUCAGAACCAACGGCACAUCGGGGGAUCCAGGAAAAGGAAGCUGAUAUCCUAUUCCAGAACCCCGACACUAGCGAUCUUGGUCUGAUGCACAACGAUUUGACUCACUCAAACAUCAUUGUCGAUAACGAUAGAAUUGUUGGCGUCGUGGAUUGGGAGAUGGCAGGAUACUUUGGAUGGGAGAGGGCCGCAAAGGUCCACAUUUCUAUCAGAUCAUUGACCAGAGAAUGCUUCGCCCAUUUGGACCUUGACGAGGAGUUUCUUCUAGAUAUCAUAUACUGGAACGACCUGUAUGAGGCGGAUCACUGA